CUUCAGGAGGAAGAAGACGUGUCCCAGCUCAGUUAGAUAGCCGAAACCAAGAGAUGGAGGCGGACAGCACCGGUGGAAACAUGGGGUUAAAGACGUGGAAAUGACAGAAAACCCAUUUGAACCUUAUAUUGAAUCCCUUCGCCAGCAGCUGGAGGACCAGGACCCCGUCUUUCUGAUUGGGGUCGUCGUCGCUUUGGCGGUGGUCGUCAUCACCUGCGUGUUUCUGAAGUACUUUCUCACCAGUAAAACCGUCCGGAGUGCUGUGCUGCUGGUGGGACUGUGUGACUCGGGGAAAACCCUCCUCUUCAGCCGGCUGCUGUCUGGGAAGUACAAGCGAACUCAGACUUCAAUCACUGACAGCAGUGCCCCAUACAAAGCCAAAAAUGACAGGGGCAGCACCUGGACUCUGAUCGACCUGCCAGGACACGACAGCCCUCAGACCUCAGUACCUGGAGAAGUUAAGUCUGCAGCAAGAGCCAUUGUGUUUGUCGUGGAUAGCGCUAUCUUCCAGAAAGAAGUGCGAGAUGUGGCGGAGUUUCUCUAUGUGUUGGUGACGGACACGGUCAUCUCCAGAAAUGUCCCGGAUCUCCUGGUGGCCUGCAACAAACAAGACAUCACCAUGGCAAAAUCUGCAAAACUGAUUCAGCAGCAGCUGGAAAAGGAACUGAACACCCUGAGAGUGACUCGCUCCGCGGCACUGAGCUCUCAGGACGGCUCCGUGGCGGCGCCGUGUAUCUGGGGAAAAAAAGGCAAAGAUUUUGAGUUUAGCCAGCUGCCCAUGAAGGUGGAGUUUCUGGAGUGCAGUGCCCGUGGCAGCAAAGGGGAGGACGGGGACGCAGACAUCGAGAGUCUGGAGAAGAGCCUGGCGAAACUGUAAGAACAGCAGUGCAGCUUCUUUCAAAGGCUCCAGUCCUGCGAUCAGACCACCUCAAUAUCCACCGAUGCCUCAGUAACUGAGGAAGGAUUAAAAAGAAAGAGGGGGAAAAAAGAAACAACCAGCUUAUGGUGGGGUGUCUGUGGAACGUCAGCCUCACUUCAUUCAAACACACACACACACACACACACACACUGCUGUGCAGGCGGUAGGAGACAUUCAAUCAAACUUAAUGGAAAUGAGAACUGAUGUAGCAGUUUACGGCUGAGAAAUGAUCUGGUUCAUUUAGUUAAAUCCAACUGUGAAGAUCAAAAGCUUUGUUUGGUUUUGUUGAGAAAAUGCAUAGCUUUAAGACUGUGUAAAAUGUCAUGAGUUAGUUUCAUCGCUCAAAUACAGAUUGUCUGAGGGCUCUUGUAAGUUUGCCGCCUUGUGAAGAUAAAAAGGCAUGUUUUUUUUUUUCUUUCAUGACCUUGGGACUGUCUGCUGCUCUGUGCCUUUUCUCUGAUCUUACAGAAACGAUUAGCGUGUUUGCAGAAGAAUGGUUGACUUGUUUGAAAUGCUUUACGUCAAAAUGGUUUGCGUUGAAUGUUUGACUUUGUUGUAACUGUAAAAGUUAAAUUUUGUGUUUGUAUCGAUUGUUCAAAAAAACCUCCAAUACAGGGUUGUUUUUGCUUGA